UGUCCACAUUUACCAAAAAAAUGAAAAAGGAAAAAGGAUUUUCCAUUCCACUCCACUUCACCUCUAGUACACACUGAGCUACAACAGAAAAAAAAAAAAAAAAGGCCAUCUGGGUCUGUCAGAUCCACAUUUUGGGACUUCCCAAAAAAAAAAAAUAAAAAAAAUUGCAAAGUAGAAAAUGAUGGAUAUUGUAACGUUCGGAAUAAUAAUCGGCAUAAUCUUGCUCUUCUUGGGUAUUGUUUGUUUUAUCACCGUUGAGGGUACCUGUAUACGCCGCAAUUCGGCUCAUUCCUAGUCCUCAACCAAACAGCCCCUUAUCUCACCACCCUCCUAAAUCGGAAACACUCGCUGUUUUCCUUACUUGGAGUUGGGUUUUUGUGGGUUUUGACUGGCUGACAAAAUGGUGUUUGGCAAUGUAUUGGUUUGGUUGGUUUUGGUCUGUGGGUUUUGUUUGGAUCUGAGCUCUGCUUCUGGGUUCUGUUCAUCUGCUGUCCCUGAAUCCCAUGGUCAACACCACCACUGUGAUCAUGGGCACGACCACCGUCACCACCACAAGCACCAUGCACAUGAGUAUCAUCAGCAUCACCACCAUAAGGAGAGCUUGGUGGAGUCUAAGCUUAAGCUUCCUGAGGAAUUGGCUGAGGAGGAGGAUAUGAGGUUGUAUGGAUUUGGGUUCCAACACGACCUUGACCAUGACCAUGACCAUGAACAUCUUGGUGUUUCCGAGCUCUCGGGUGUUGGCCUCUGGAUGAAUGCAUUGGGCUGCUCGUUUUUGGUGAGCAUGGCUUCCCUUGUUUGCCUGACUAUCUUGCCUGUAAUAUUUGUACAAGGGAAACCAUCCAAGGCAGUUGUUGAUUCAUUGGCUUUAUUUGGGGCAGGUGCCAUGCUAGGGGAUGCUUUUCUUCAUCAGCUGCCACACGCUUUUGGUGGUGGACAUUCUCACUCACAUGAUCACCAUGAUGACCAUGUCCAUGAUGAACAUCAUUUACAUGCCCAUGCCCAUUCUUUAGCAGAUCUUUCAGUAGGAAUUUCCGUCCUUGCUGGAAUUGUGCUUUUUCUUCUUGUGGAGAAAGUAGUGAGAUAUGUUGAAGAUUACUCUGGAGGAACUAAGGCAUGGAGUCACACUCAUCACCAUCAUCAUCAUAAGAAAAGUAAGAAACUGAAGGAUGAUAAUGACAUGCAGUCACAAUCCUCUGAUGGAAAAGAUAGCACUGCUCUGAAUAAUUCGUCUGAAGAAAAAGUGCCAGAUGAUGUGUCUCAUAAUUCUUUGAAGGAAGACACUCAACAAGAAUCUUACAUUAGGAAGAGACACUCUACUGCUGAUAGAGAUGAUAAAGAAGAUGUAGAUACUGCUAAACUCUCCGCUAGUGAUAUUAAAGUGUUGAAUGAGAAGGAACAUUCUAAACCAUCAUCAAAUCUUGUGAUUGGCUAUCUCAAUCUCUUCUCUGAUGGUGUUCACAAUUUUACUGAUGGGAUUGCUUUAGGAAGUGCUUUCUUGCUUUAUGGUUCAGUUGGUGGUUGGUCUAGAACUCUGUUCUUACUUGCCCAUGAGCUUCCUCAAGAGGUUGGUGAUUUUGGUAUUUUAGUAAGGUCUGGUUUUAGUGUCUCCAAAGCCCUGUUCUUCAAUUUUCUUUCAGCACUUGUGGCACUAGCGGGAACAGCAAUGGCUCUGCUCUUAGGAAAGGAUCCAGGACAGUCAUCUUUGAUUGAGGGGUUUACGGCUGGUGGAUUUAUCUACAUUGCAGUCGCCGGGGUGCUUGCAGAAAUGAAUAACAAUGGCAGCUCAACGGUAAAAAGUACAGCAAUACACUUGAUUUCACUGAUCCUUGGCAUGGGUGUUGCCCUGUGUAUUUCCCUCGUCGAAUGAAAGUGCAUUUAGCAAUGAGAGCACUGUAUCAACAUUCAGACUAACUUCACAGGUAGAAGCAUCCAGAUCGAUUUCGUCUUGUCUUGGCCAAUUUUUAUUACGGUGAAUUUAAAAGGCCUAUGAAAAGGUGGAAAAGUGAAGGAAUGAAGAGUUUGAUUAAGCCCUGGUUCUGUUCUUACCAGGGACUACUGGAAAGAAUGCGUGCAAGCUCAUUGACAUAUUACUUGUGCUCUCAACACAGAGUUGUCUAGUAGAUCAUUUGGGGCCAAAACUAUGUAUGACUUGACACAUGACCUAGAGGAAUUGUAUAUCCAAAGCUUUAUGUUUCCUAACAAACUUUAAAUUUCCCAUCCUUUCUUUUGUUUUUUGUUUUUGUUUUCUAAUGAGAAGUGGGCAAGCAGACAUCAUUAAUCCUUUGGAAGCAUUUAGCUAUUGUAACUAAUAGGUAUUUUAUUAGGAUUUUAGGGGGUUCUUUUUGCAAAAGAAUAAUUUGAUUGCACUUUUUCGUU